GAGAAAGGAGAUGGAGAACUACAAACUGUAAGUAGUAGUACUACCAUUUUAUGCAUGUAUUUACAAAGAUUUUACAAUAAACUAUGUUCCGAGGCCGAUAUCUGAUCUGGUUCAGCUCUGUCCCGUACAAUCCACAUAGAACAGGCCACACUGUACACUUCGUAAACAGCGAUGAAAUUUUGAAUUUUGCGCGUUCGAGCCGUGACCCUGUGACAUGCAAAAGUUGCUCAGGGUCUGGCGCUGUUAACCACCAAAAUCAAAACAGAAUUAGAUACUGGUAAAGACGUUAAGAUUCCAACCAUGUACGAGCUGUAAGCAAGUACCGUUAUGCUUCAGUCGUAGCUCGUUUAGGUGGACCUAGCAACCCGUAUCGCUUGGCCUUACCCAUCCCCCGCCCUUUCUUCACAGAAACCUGUUGUUAUCGUACCGAGAAGUAAACGAAACUUUCUAGAAAAAAACAACAAAAGUGUCUGGGUCAGACUAACGGUACCUUUCCCUUAGCAUUCACGGUUAAAACAGCCCUGCUACGUGAAUGAUUCGUUACGCGUUGUGGAUACGGUUUUGUUGUUUAGAUUGUAGUAACGCGUUUAAAUCGAGUGACCUCAAUAGUUUUGGCGCCCGCAGCUAGUCGAGGUCACGGCGAUGACGCAACUGGUAUUAUUUUGAUGCUGGGAUAAAAUCGGACCCAGUGGACCGACACGACCUGUACAUGUAAAGCAAACAAAAAUAUUUACACCGAAUAUAAAUUGUAAGUGAACAAUUUUAAUGUACGUGACGUUUGCUUUAGGCUUACUUAACAAACAAAAUAAAAAUACAACUUAGGUUUCACAAUAGUUGACAACAAUAACAUUUUGACAAUUUUGUUAUGAGAUCAAUUACUCAAUAAGAAAAGAAUAUAUUUAAAAUGAUAUGGUUGAUCAUGUGAUUUAUGGUUGUUCUUCACGACACAAGAAGGGGAUUAUCUUAUUACGAGUAUAUGUACAGUUUUGGAGUUGUAUAUAUUUUACAUGAUUAGAAAUGCCGGUACUAAGUACUAGAUUAGCUAUUUAUUUCCGUUUAUAUAGUAAUUUAUACAUAUUUAAUGUUUAUUUCAUUAUUUACAAGGGGCGCUCUCGUGUCCUUUUAAUGCAAAAAAUGACAGUCGGCUUCUCACUAGUUCAAUAUUUUAACAAAAAUGCACUUUCUAUGUGUAAGCCCUUUGUAACACACAUGACAUACGUUACAUACGAAAUUUGCAAAUUAAAAUUUAAAACGUCUGUUGCUACCUCAUUUUAGUCGGAAUUUUCCUGGCCGAGAUAUUAAUUAAGCAUUUAAUGGUAUUAUUGUUACAUUUUUGAGUCUUUAUAUACUAUAUUAAAUAUAAUAUAACAUUGUUGGAUUAUCAUGCAUCCCUUUUAUUUUACAUAAAAUAUAAGAAUGAGAUUACACACUGAUGAUAUUAUCACAUAGAAUAGAUAUGACUUAAUUUUACUCUAUGGUGGUGUAGCCUACAUGGCCCUAAAGGGCUACUCAUACAUUCAUAAGUCACUCUUUAAAGAUAUUCUGUAAAAUUCAGUUGAGGGCUUAUGCCUCAUAGAACAUAGUUCCCUAACUCAGGCUGAGCAGCUCUCGGCUUGGUGCGAGCACAGUAAACCGCCAUUUUGUAAUGUACAACUAUGACUAUGGCAUUCUUUAAAGCUACUGGGGAUUAUUGAGUGGGAUUGUCUUAAUUUGCGAUCGGGCAGUAAUCAGAUUACACCCAGUUUUAAAAUUAUUAACUUUUCAUCAGCAAAAGUGGAUAUAAUCGUAUGGUGAUUUUGCGAAGCACAUUUAGGAAAUGUAAUUUGUCACAGCACAGUUUAUUAAGGGUAGUAAUAAGAGUUCGUUUUUUUCAGGUUUUCCCAUUCUUUGUUUCACUCAUUUCCUUUCACAGUUUAUCAUAAGGUUUAUAUUUAGUCAUUAGUAAACACUACCAAAGUAAGCAUAGUUAUAGCAUUAAACUUAAACACCUAAUAUUUUUGCGCAGAUGUCUGGAACUUUUUAUGUUUUUAUAUUUGUUCUGGCUAUUUUUCACAAAUAUGGGUGAACUGUUGUGUUAAAACGGAAUAUUCAAAGGCUUUGUCAAGACAUUUCAAUGCCCUGACUCAAGACCUUACAACUUUCAACAUAGUUCUACUUGAACGUGUUGCUACUAAGGUGGUAGUUUGUUUGCAUUAGAUCACAAUAAAGACUUUUUAGAAAUAGCUCGAAGUACAAUCAUUCUAAUUUCAACUAAAUUGAAAAAAAAAAAAAGACAUUUAGAUCUUAAAACUAAUAGUCUAGUUUGUCAUGUAUACAACAUCUAUUUUUUAUGAAUUUGUUAUUUAUACUUUUAUUUUUUUUACUCAGCCCAACGCCUCUCCGGCGAUGAGCCAUGUAACACACAUGCCCCACGAUACUGUGCUAACACUGACCAGCAUCUCUCUCACUCUCUCUCAUAUCGACCGCCCUUUGAAAAUUUGACUUUGCCGCGCCAAAUUUCCCAACCGAUAACUGCUCUGGUUAAUCAAUAUCUUGACCUAAAAAUAAGCCCCGUGCUGUGGAUUGAAUCUAGAUUCGCACAAUUCUUUCUGCAUUAUUAUUAUCAUCAUCAUCACUAUCAUUGUUUCACGUCUCAAUUUAAUGGUGAAAGAGUAGUCAAAACAACGGACCAAGGGAGCUGUGAUACAAUUUACAAACGAACAUAAGGCCAAUACUGUAGCUUAUCUAGUAUCUUAUAGUUGGCUUAUUCUUAUGGUUGGCCUAUUCUCAUAGUUGGGCUAUUGCCACUAAGCCAUUUCAAGAGUACUACAAGUUAUUUAUUCCGUUAGUUAUUUAUUCAAUAAAAUCUUAGUUGUUGCAUGGGUGACUUUAUGGAAUUAAGUUAAGUCAAUAUCAAUAAAAACCACAACGAAUAUACAACAAGUGAUUCAGUUCAACAUUUAGAAAGCAAAUGUUCCAUAAAUAUUUUAGAUUUCCUUCCUACUGUCACCGGAAAUAAACGUGUGCAACAAUUUAAGGAAAAUCUGUCCGUUGAAUUGGAUACAAAAAAAAUGAUGCCAUCAGUGAUUCCCAAAUUUUUCUAUACUGCGCAUCCCGUACAAAAUACCCGAAUUGUCUUGUGUCGCCUUAAAAUAUUUUUCUAAGUUUCGCAUCCCCUGCAACAGUAACACUACAUUUAACACUUGAACAUUUUUAGACUUGUUUUUUUUUAAAUGAAUUGCAAAGAGAACCGUAAAACUAAGACUGGGUGUUUCACUCUGUAGGAAAUAAGUAGAGCAUUGUCAUAGGGGGCAUCUAUAUUUUUUUAAAGAUUACGUACCUGCAGUUAGAUUAUUACUGCAUUGUAGAGCUUCACAAAAAUAAAUGCUUCUCAUCCGGACAGAGUAGCAUUUAGAUUGAUAGGUAUUACUAUUAAUCUUUGUGUUUAUAUUAGGAAAAGAAAAGGGUGGGAAUCAAAUAAUUUAAAAUUUAAUUUAAAAUUUGAAUUGUCACACGUUGACGAAACAAAUAUGCGUAGGCCUACUUGCGAUUUCUUGGAUUUCGGCAAUGCUGAAACAAAUAUCUGUGAUAUUCUAUAGUCUAUAGGCCUAUUUGUUUUUUUUUUUGUUGUUGUUAUUGUAAAAAUCGAAACCCUUCUAUUUAUCCAAAUAAAUAUGCCACUUAUAAUAUAGGUUUAUGGCCUGUAUCGUAAUUUGGAGUUUAACGUAAAAUAUAAAUAACUUCAAUUUUGAAGCACAGUUUAAGAUAGUUGUCGAUUUUUCAGCAUCUCGUCGCCCAAGCAAAGAAUUAACUCUUGAACACCCACUUAAUUUAUUCGUAUUUAUUUCUUAUAAUCAUUAUUAUUAGUUGUUGAUUGAUUAAGUGAUAAAGUUUAAGAGAAAAGGGAUGUCAACGAGCAAAAUUCCCGAGAAAAAAAAAAAAGACCCAUAUUUACAUUUCUGGUCAUGACGUGAGAGCCACAGCGCGCAGACGGUUGAACCCCUAGACUUAUCUAUUAUGUUUUAGGUCAUUCCAUGAAACGAGAACCGCCGCGCGAAAACUCCUACAACCCAAAGCAAGACUUGUACCUGUUAUUUCUAGGUCCAGUCAACAAGAUCAACUUGAUCUAAGACAGAGUUACCCCACACCGCCAGCCUUGACCUUGACCUACCGGCACGCGUACGCUGCUUCGGGUUGUUUUUUUUUUUUAAGCUACAGGCAGUCCAGCGGGGAAAAAGUCACGGCGCGGGCACAUAUAAUCAAAAUGAAUAAAUUAAACAAAUAAGCAAAGCGCCGAAUAUUCGCCACCGGCAUUUCGAAAAGGUGGAUGCGCACACACCGGAUCACAUCAGCUCCAUUUUUAGAAUUUGAGCGCUGGUUGACAUGUUGAUCGGAUAUUUAUAGACCGUAGUUUUCUUCUUCCUGUUGUGUAUGAAUGUUUCUUUUCAGCAGCAUAUUAUUUCGACCAAUAUAUUCACGCCAAUCUAGUAACUUUUCAAACUAUUUUUUGGAUUUAUCUAUUUUUUUUUUUUUUUUUUACUUUUUUUGGAAUUCCCGGGAAAGUGAAAAUGUUUUUUUUUUCCCCUUCAUUUUUUCCCUUUUCCGAACUUGUUUUUUCAAACUUUACAUAUUAUUUCGACCAAUAUAUUCACGCCAAUCUAGUAACUUUUCAAACUAUUUUUUGGAUUUAUCUAUUUUUUUUUUUUUUUUACAUAUUUUGGAAUUCACGGGAAAGUGAAAAUGUUUUUUUGUUCCCCUUCAAUUUUUCCCUUUUCCGAACUUGUUUUUACAAACUUUAGUCCUGGAUAUGAAAUGAUAGCUCCGUUUAAUGCUCAUUUAAAAAAGCCAAAGUCUCGCUAGUAUCAUAACCAUUCACGGUAAGCUGAUGCUAGUUUGUUGUCGAGAGUUCUGAAUUCCACAAUCUUUACUUGACUUACACAAGCGCCCCUUUAUCGAUUUUGUAAACAUACAGCAGUUUGAAUGUUUACAUCGUAGCCGGAGUCGAGGAGUUUCGCCGCUUCGACAGGAGUCGUUGAUUAUUUUUCUUGCCCGACUCCAUCGCCGUCCCAUAAAUACAUUUAAUAAAUUAAAUUAUUUAUAUAUAUAUAUGUGUGUGUAUAUUUGAGGUCAUACAUUUGAACACAUUGAACUUAAACAACCCUGACUAACGCCAUGCGCAGUAGUUGGGAUCGUUACGUCUGUUUAGGACAUAGAGUCCUUAUUGGAAUAAAUGAAUGCUGCAGUGGGUCAUGCAGUGGUUCACGUGAUUCUUCUCUUCAUUGUCCGCCAACAGCUAAUAAGCCACUUUCCUUCGUGUUGUGUUUCUUAUUCAGUUGUACGUGAUCAUCCCAGGUAAAUUAUAAAAUUUACUAAAAGCCCCCCACCCCCCCCCCUUUUUUUUUGCUCCCCAACUAAACCGAACAAAAGUAAUUAUUAUAAGUAAUCGAGCAUAGAAAUAAUAAUGUAUUUUGAAUUACAUAAUUUGAUAAAUAAAUAAUAAUAUAUAUAUAUGAGAAAAAUUCAACCGUAACAUGUUAUAUUAGUGUACAAAAACAGAAGGUAAACCUAUUUGGUGAGUGUAUCGCAUUAUUCAUUGGUAUUUUGCUAUAUAAACCUCUUAUAUGAAACCCUCUCUGUAGCCACCACGGGCUUUGAUGUUCUUGAAAACAAACACUUAUGACAUUUAGAAACAUGCAGUGACAUUUAUAAACAUGCAAUGAUAUUUAUAAACAUGCAAUGACAAGGGAAAAACAGAUGAUGAUUAUUAUUAUUAUUGCCGUCGAAAAAAAAUAAAAAAAAAAAAAAAACCAACAAACAAAACAACCAGCACCUGUAGGACUUUUGAAAUAAUUGAGGCGUGAAAUGUUUUGCUUCAGUUCAUCCAUGAAGAAAUGGGGCCAGAUGUAGAUAAAACAUGCAAUGAUAUUUAUAAAAAUGCAAUGACAAGGGAAAAAAAGAUGAUGAUUAUUAUUAUUAUUGCCGUCGAAAGAAAAUAAAAAAAAAAAAAAAAACCAACAAACAAAACAACCAGCACCUGUAGGACUUUUGAAAUAAUUGAGGCGUGAAAUGUUUUGCUUCAGUUCAUCCAUGAAGAAAUGGGGCCAGAUGUAGAUCUUCAUCGAAUAUAGCCUACGCCACUGGCUAAUGCAUAUUUUUAAAAAUUGGAAGAAAAAAAAACACGACAAAGUAGUAUCAUAUCAAUGAGAUCUUAUUUGGUCAAAUUUAAAAAUCCAGGAACGAUAAUCUUGAUAGUGUCCCCUUGUACAUUCACCACCUCAAGGUAACAGAUGCAUUAAAAUUAAAUAAACAAUAUACUUAACAUUAUAGCCUACUGGCAUCUUUGUGAAAAUGAAUAAAUUACAGGGAGCUUGCAAAAAAAAAAAAAAAAUGAUUGUUAAGAAAACAUUAUUUUAAAAAGGCAGAGACUUUCUUGUCUGUCAGGGGUACAGCCUUAGUUGUUUAAAUUCAACCAUUAUUUAUUUUGAACUUUUCAGAAUGUCUUUGAUUGCAAAAAAAAAAAAACAUGCUCAAUGUGCCCCCCUUUUAACAAGUUAAUUUAUCAGGUAUAUUAUGUGCAUGGGCGUCUGCAUAAAUACCUCAAAAAUAGGUUAAGCCAUAAAUGAACUCAUAAAAGUUUAUGGCAUACUUCGGUAAAAUUUAGGAUUGAGCUGCUGUUAAAAAUUGGGGAUAAAAAGUAGAAAAUUUAUUUGCACGUGUUUUUACAAUUUAAUGGUUGUUUUGUAAGCGAUUUUAGCAGUUUAAUAUGUGUUAUCAUUCAUAUAAUAUGCCGUAACACCAUAGUUAGGCUUAUUAUAUGGUUUUAAAAUAUUUUUUUUUUAGAAUACAUUUAAUUUAUUUUAUUGAGGAAAACAUGGAAUAGAUGAACUACAACAAACUUUUAAAUUUAAAGAAAGCAGGAAAAAAGUUGAAUUGAAAAGAAACUGAUUUUAAUUGUAGCAUUCCCGAAUAAGGUGGAUAAUUGAAACAUUUGGAUAGUUUUUCAAUGCAGCCAAGAGGGCGCUGUUCACGUGACAGUUUCAUGCACUCACGUGUCUUGUAAAUUUGUAGCCAGGAUUUUGAAUAAAUUGGAUACUUCCACUUCUGAGCUGGAAAAUAAAAAAGAAAAUAAUAAAACCAACAACAACGUCUAUUUUAACACUUACAGUUUAGACAAUGAUCCGUUGUCGUAAUGAAAAGCUAUAUCAAUCUUAAUAACCGUCAAAGGUUGCAUCUUUUUAUUCUUAUUUGAAAUUAAUUUUAAAUAAAAAAAUAUAUAAACUUCAUACAGUAUUUCAAUCUUUCUUUUGGACGCGGUGUUACUUGUAGGAAGAGGCGGGAUGGUAGACUUCAUCCAAAUAUCUUAGGACUUAAGAUUUGCGUGUUAAACUCGUAUGGUAAAUCUUGUAUAUUUUCCAAUUUACAAUUUCAAUAGGCAGUUGUUCAGGUGUUUUUGGUCAGUGGGACAUUUGCCUUUAAAAGAAAAUCUACUUUGAUUAAUAUUCCAUGACACAAUAAACCAGCCGUUUUAGGUGUUCAAAAAAUAGCGCAAGUCGGGAGGAAAAACAACCACAAAACAUUCACGCUACAUCCUGUGUGAAUACGUUGAAUAAACAAGCCUACGCCUACGAAUAGGCUAUACUUUCAUUCAACGUGAACUUGCCGCAGAAGUCUUCAUGGUCAUUAAAAUUGAGCAAUUUCCAAAAGAAUUCUUUGGAUCAAUAUUUGAUAAAAUACUCUGUUUUACUCAUUUUAUUUUGUACUAACCUGAUUGCAGUCUCCCCCCCUUAUUACCCCGAUCAAUAUUUGAUGUCCACAUCUAAAGGCAGUUGAAAAGUCCAGCCGUACCGUGAAUGGAAUGUUUAAGUCAUUUGACUUUCUGGCGGAGCACACCACUCGCGAGUUAUUGUGACACAAAGCAUCAAAGAUUCACGUUUAUAAUUAAACAUUUGACAUUUUUCAGUAUGGUUUUAUUGUGAUCAAUUAAUUUGUUAAAUAUCAACAAGAAAUUAUCACCAGUUAUAGUUAAUAAAAAAAUAAUUAAAAAAUCAACUCACAACUAUAAAAAUUAUAGAAGUCAAACGAUGGCCAAAAAGUAGGCCCAUAGCCUAUACAGAUGAAGACAGGGCAAAACGUACGGCAUAUGUAAACUGGACAUAAGGUACGACAGAUGUUGGCUGGACAUAAGGUACGGCAAAAGUAGGCUGAACAUAAGGUACAUCAUAUGUAGGCUGGACAUAAGGUACAACAGAUGAAGACAGGGCAAAACGUACGGCAUAUGUAAACUGGACAUAAGGUACGACAGAUGUUGGCUGGACAUAAGGUACGGCAAAAGUAGGCUGAACAUAAGGUACAUCAUAUGUAGGCUGGACAUAAGGUACAACAGAUGAAGACAGGGCAAAACGUACGGCAUAUGUAAACUGGACAUAAGGUACGACAGAUGUUGGCUGGACAUAAGGUACGGCAAAAGUAGGCUGAACAUAAGGUACAUCAUAUGUAGGCUGGACAUAAGGUACAACAGAUGAAGACAGGGCAAAACGUACGGCAUAUGUAAACUGGACAAAACGUACGGCAUAUGUAAACUGAACAUAAGGUACGACAGAUGUUGGCUGGACAUAAGGUACGGCAAAUGUAGGCCAAACAUAAGGUACGGAAAAUGUAGGCUGGACAUAAGGUGUGCAGUUGUAGGCUGGGCAUAAGGUAUGAUAAAUAUAGGCUGGACAUAUGUAAGACUGGACAAAACGUACGGCAUAUGUAAACUGGACAUAAGGUAUGGCAGAUGUUGGCUGGACAUAAGGUACGGCAAAUAUAGGCCAAACAUAAGGUACGGAAAAUGUAGGCCAAACAUAAGGUACGGAAAAUGUAGGCUGGACAUAAGAUACGGCAAAUGUAGGCUGGACAUAAGGUACGGCAAAUGUAGGCUGGACAUAAGGUACGGUUAAUGUAGGCUGGACAUAAGGUACGGCAUAAGUAGGCUGAACAUAAGGAACGGCAUAUGUAGGCUGGACAUAAGGUACGACAGAUGUAGGCUGGAUAUAAGGUAAAGCAAAUGUAGGCUGGACAUAAGGUUCGGUAGAUGGAAGAUGGUUGGUUGAAUUAUAGUAACGAGCUCUAUGUGACAUCUUUCUGGUUACUCAUCUAUAAUUUACUGCGUGAGCUCUCAAAGAUUGUUGAAAAACAAAGUUAGAGAUAAAAGUGAUAAUUGUAUUACAUAUGUCAUGUCGGUAGGUUUGUAAUGAACUCAAGUAUACCUACUUGUAAAAUUAAUAUUUACGAUAAUAUGCUUACAAUGUAGCUUGAGGUUUUCACAGGGAUGUCAUCUUAUAUUUUUUUACCAAAUAUAAAAAAAUUUUGAAAAAAAGUUUGGGGGGGGGGGGGGGGAAAGAGAGGUAAAAAAAAACAACAACAACAAACAAAACUAGGCAGGCUUAUUGAGUUUUUUUAUUACUGGAGGCGCCACAGUAGGCCUACAUAGCUAUUUAAAUAAGAAUUGCCACUUUGUGAUUUAUGUUUUCUAUAGUUAAUUUAAACAAAAUUUGAACAGUUUUCUUUUUUGCUGCUUUCGAUUUUCUGCUUUCCUAGAUAUUGAAACCUAGUAACAUUUUCCCCUAUACAUUCAGGCGAAUGCCCCCCCCCCUUUUUUUUUUCUCCCCCCUCCUCAAGCGACUUCCCUAUAAAUCUAAAGGUAUAUUUUUCUGGUACAUGCUCUCAUUUAAAAGACAAUUAUUAAACAAAAUUUGAACAGUUUUCUUUUUUGCUGCUUUCGAUUUUUUUCUUUUCUAGAUAUUGAAACCUAGUAACAUUUUCCCCUACACAUUCAGGCGAAUGCCCCCCCCCCUUUUUUUUUUUCUCCCCCCUCCUCAAGCGACUUCCCUAUAAAUCUAAAGGUAUAUUUUUCUGGUACAUGCUCUCAUUAAAAAGACAAUUUGAAUGGAUCUUAAACAUUUUUUGUAACACUGAAACCCAAUGGUAGCCAGAAUUUGUUAGUUUUGUUAAGUCUACGAGACUUUUAAUAUUCUUCGUCAGUUCAAAGAUUAGAGUGAAACUAAUUCCUUUAGAAUUUCUUAGUUCCCUCCAAAUCUGUAUCGAUUGAAGCUUAUUAACUGUCCCCAAAAGGUCCUUUGAUCCCAGGUAGGAACACAAGUGUUAAAAUUUUCUACUUGGUUGUAAAGCAUUAUUUAACGCCACAAUGCUUUGUGAUACAUUUAUCAUGUUCAACUGUUCGUAUGUGGGCCGACUAUUGUAUUAUAGUGUGCGGUGAACUCAGCUGGAUAUUUUUGCUAACAUUAGCCUGAAACUUGAAUCCUCUUUCAAAAUUAUCAUUUCAAUAAUUAAGCACCAAUUGAGAAAUGUUCGUUUUUUUUUUCUAAUGUCAAUAUUAUUACAGAUAUUCCCGUGAGUAAAAGUCUGUCAAGCUGUAGAAUGUUAACAAACAAAUGUGGUUCAAUUUCAGGGAUUCACAUUUCUUGUAAAAAAAAAUAAUUCCUAAGUUAUUGAAUUAAUUUGACGCAUGUCGAGUGAGCUAUUUAAUUAUUUUAUUAUGUUAAUACAUUUAAACAACAAUACAUUAUGCUUAACGCUUGAUACUUGAUGUAAAGGGUUGUAGCAUUUAAAAGCAUCAGUCAAAUAAACGUUACAGAAAAUUACGAUUUUAUUUAUGCACACGUUUUUAAAGACCAAAAAUAUUCAUUACCUUUGCACCCAACCAUGUGAUAAAAGUAAUGAUGUCCGUACCAAAUUCUAGAAUCCAUACUUGAACAUGGAUAACAAAAAACAUUUUUUUAAAAAAUAAAUGUGGACCAGCUCCCUCCCCGUAUCUCGGCUGUAACUGGUCUAUGCACAAAGCACAGAACGUAUUAACACUAAAUGUUCUUAAUUUCUACAUAAAUGUUAACCAAAUUUUCAUCUACCAACGAAACUUUUUUCAAUAUAUUAUGCCCUAUCAGCAGUCAGCUCGUAUGCUUAGAAAUGUAAAUAAUGUAAAGGAUUUUUAACUUGGUGAUGACAUGAAAAGUGCAAUUUUUUUUUCAUUUUUAAUUCCCCCUAUUUAGUUGAUAAACUAAUUACCAUUAUAAUAUCAUAAUCAACAAAAGGCAACCAUGUUUUAACUUAAAGUGAGCAGAAAUAUUAAAUUAUUCCAACCCUCCUUUUGCUCUACUAAAGUUAAAGAAGAUUUAGAAUAAUUAUACCAGGAUAACAUAGGCUAUAUCAAACCUCCUCUUAUGAUUCAUAUACUAGUAAUAAUCUGAAACGAUUAAAAUUAUUUAAAUAUAACAUGUAAAAGUCGUGCUGUCGUUGAGAUAAAGAAGAGUACUCAGAGCUAUAACAUUGAAAGGCCAGCUCUUAGUUCGUAUAAAAUUCGUAUUUUAAAAAAAAUACCAAAAGAAGAAAUGAUAUUAUCGCCAUGUCUUGUGUUAGCUGAGCCAUUAAGAAAACAAGAGAUAGUUGAGCCACUGAGACCAGUAAAUUACCUGACUCACUGAGACCAGUAGAAAUAAAUGAGCCAUUAAGACCACAAGAGAUAGUUAAGCCACUGAGACCAGUAAAAUACCUGACUCACUGAGACCAGUAGAAAUAAUUGAGCCAUUAAGACCACAAGAGAUAGUUAAGCCACUGAGACCAGUAAAAUACCUGACUCACUCAGACCAGUAGAAAUAAGUGAGCCAUUGAGACCAUUAUUAAUUCAUUGCUGAGCCCUGGAGACCAGUAUACAUUUGUAGCCUGGCCAUUGACACUUUUAUACAUUUAUAGAUGAGCCAUUGAGAUCAGAUUUUGGCAGUAAGCUAUACAUUUAUAUAAAACGUAAGACCUGCACACAAAGUUAAAUACAUCAAAACUACUAUUCAUAGAUGAAAAAAUAAGACCAUGACUUACACAAGACUUACUCAAUUAUUUCACAUAUAAACUUUAAAAAAGUAAUUACAUACAUUGUUCAUUUAUAUCUGAUUUUAUAUACUUUUUAUACUAUCAAUGUUUAAGCCUACAUAGUUUUAUAUUAAGCUAUAUACAUUAUUAAUUUAUUUAUCUACUUAUCUUUUUGACCAUUUCAAAAACUGCAAUGUGAUUAUUUAAAGAAAAAUUAGAUUUGAAAUUUUUUGAGUUUUUUAAAUUCUUGAUUUUUAUUAAAAAUAGUUUAUUUCUGAAUAUUAAAUGGCUUUUCAAAAUCUUUUGUACAAUUUUGAUUCUCAUUUGUUUACUAUCAUCUAUCAUACAUGUAAAAUGAUACAAGUAAAAGUAAUAACUAUUCAGAGUAAAAUAAUCAACAACACCAAGGUAUAAUGCAAGGAGUCAGAGUUACCUAUUAUCAAGACCAUCUUAAUGACCCAAAGCUAUUUCAGUUUGUUGGUGGAGAAAUUCAGAUUUUGUUAAUCAUUUGAAACUGAUGUAUUCUAAUUUCUUUUCCUUUAAAUUUAACAUUUAAGCAAAAAUAACUUUGGAAAUUUUUGACACAGGAAAGAAAAUUCUUAUUAUACUUGACUAUUAUUUAGACAAUUUCUGAAAGUAAGAACAAUCACUAAUUAUUGUUAACCAUGGUGACAUACAAAGUUACCAUUAAGUUUUUACAUGUUUUAUUUUAACAUUUAGAUGGUUACUGAACAUUGACAGUUUGGCAAAGUUUUCUUCUUGCCACCUUUCAGGGCAUUUCCAAAUGCAGAAAAUUUGAUCUUCUCUUGUGAAAUAACCACAAAAACUAAAGUGAUAAUGACAGUAGAAUCCAGAUCCCAGGAGCACCAUAGGAUCAGAGAAGUAUAGCCAUUUUUCUAUCCUGAGUCAAAGAGCUUUAUUUAAAUCUGUACUUGAAAUAAUUCUAGGUUAAACUUAUGUGUGCUAAUCAAUUUGUCAGUAAGGUAUAUACAGUGUAUCAUAAGGUAGACAUACAUUAUACAUGUUAUGUUCAUUUUGGAGUAUUUAAUGUCAUCAAAAUCAAAUAGUGCAUUAAAAAAUUCAUAGUUUUCAUAUCUUUGUUUAACAUUGUCCAGUAAAGUGGUUCUCAACAUUUUUGGUUUGGUUCAAACUCAUGAGAUAACCUUUCUCAUCUUGAUGAUAAGUAAGGUUUUAAAAAUGUUUAUGUUUUACAUUAUUGCAUUGACGUUUGCCUAAUCUCCUCACUUUGACAUUUACUUUGAAUAACCUUGAUGGAAUUAGUGAUUGUCAUGAGAGUUAGUAUGUCUUUGUAAUGGAAUUAGUGAUUGUCAUGAGAGUUAGUAGCCUAUGUCUUUGUAAUGGAAUUAGUGAUUGUCAUGAGAGUUAGUAGCCUAUGUCUUUGUAUACAGUUUUGUUUGGAUGUGACUUUUUUUAUCACAUAAAACAAUUUGAGACUGAUGUAGUUUGAGGUAAAGAGAAUCAAACAUUUGGCCAUUCACCACUAUAGAUUUUAUGGAUAUUGUUAAAAUAAUAUCUCUUUUCUGGUCUAACUUGUUAAUUUAAAUAUAAAAGAUGUUGAGAGUUUUACAGAGGCCUGAUCCUAUACAUUUUUAGGAACUUCCUAUAGGCUCAUUAAAAAUAUCUGGUAGCCACGAUCUGGUCAGUAUGCAAGGUAUUUUGCCCAUGCCUAGUAUCCUUGAAUCAGAAUAUCAUUUGGGGUUAGUCCUCAGAAAACUUGUUUUAAGAUGAGUAACACAUUUUUCAUGUGUCAUAAAACAACAAUUAAACAAACAACAUCCAUCCAUAUUUAAUUUUUAAAAACUUAACUGUUUUGUCUUUAGUCUCUUUAACAUAACAAGGCAAGGCACAUUCUGUGGUCAACCUUUUAUUAUAAAUAGCUCCACACUUUGAAACAAAUCUUGACAGAUGCUUGUCAGCUAAGAUAAGGGUAAUAAAGAAUAAAUAAAACUGCAUCCAUUUCACACAACUCAGAGAAAAUAAUCUCAUCUAGUGUUAAUCCCCCCCACCCCCCCACCCCCCCACCCUUUUUUUUUUUUUUUUUAAACAUUUUUCUUUACGCUCAAUUUAAAUUUAAAACAUAAAACCAAUCAACAUUUUUUUGUGGAAGUUAUUUUAAAAAUCUGAUGAAAAUAGCUGUGUAUCCCUGAAGUCACAGUAAAAUAAGUUUAAGCUUCAAGCAUAAUUAAAGUGGUAGUGAUGUUUAACCACUUUAUCAUGGUUUUAUAUAAAAAUUUAUUUUUACUUACUGUAUCAAAAGUUAUCAAUAUUUCUAAUUAUAAAGUUUUCCUUUUCACUCUUCUCAAGAUUUAUAACAAUGAACCAUAUUCCAGGCAUAUUUACCAAAAAACAUACAAAUUAUAUUUAAAAAUUAAAGACUUAUUAUGCCAUCCCUCUUACAAAUUGUGUUUUUUUUUGCUUAACACAGAUUUAAAAUUAAAAAAAACUAAAUUUUAUUGUUUUUGGGGUUACUCUUGAUGUUCUUAUAUUCUUUACUUUGGGCUAAACAUUAAUACUUUAAAGUUAAAAGGUUUGCAGCCAAGAUUACAACUCAAAUAAAUAACCUGACUCAAAUUUGGAAUAUACCUUUGUUGGGAAAUACAAUUAGAGAAUUAAUUUAUUUUUUAAAAAAUAAUUAAAAGCUAGGCUUAAUAUAAAUCAUUUCUUUAUUGUUUGAAGACUAUAUCUUCCAUAUACUGUUUAUUUAAAUCAAUAUGUACAUUUUGAAGAUGACUAAUUUUGUAUACUAUAAUCCAGGUUUACCAACUUUUUCUAUGCUCUGCAGCCCCUAUCAAUUGUUUGAUAAGUCUCUCACUCCCUACAUAGGGUUACGAUGCAUUUUAAAAUUUGAAUAAAUAAGGAUAUUUAACUAAAAAAAAAUAAAUUAAUAACAAAGUAACAAAUUAGAACACAGAAAAUAAAUUUGUGCAUACAGUAAAAUGUUAAUAAAGACAUACAAAAAUAUAUAAACAAGUCUUUCAUUGCUUAAAAGUAAAUGUUUCUUCUGUUCUUAUAAUCACUUUUCAUUGCACUCCCUGAAAUGCCACCUCAUACCCCUGGGGUGCUUGGGGAUGCCAGCACCCCCAGUUUGUGAAACACUGCUGUAAUAAAACAUUAAAUCUAAUUUAAAUUCUGUUUUGUUUUUUAUGUCUGCUCAUUAAAAAAAAAUUACAUUUUGUUUAAUUUUUAUAGGAAGUAGAUGAAUAGUUGACAUCUCUAUUAAUUUUGUGUUAUCAACAUUUGUCAUCAUAACAAAUUAAAUUAGGAAACAUUUGACAUAUUUUAUUACCUUCUGCCUGGACUUAAAAUUAAUUUAUUUCCUAGAUUCUAUAAAUAUACAUGUUUGUUUGCUUGUAUGCGUAAAGGGUGGGGUGUGCAUGGUGGCAUGGGUUGUGUGGCUAACUAAUCUAAUAUGAGGCCCUUGAUGUUUUUGGAGGCCGUAACUUAACAAGAUGGAGAAUAUGCUUGGAUAAGUUGUAUAAGAUUUUUACCUGACAUUUGUAACUAUACAAUUAUGAAGGGAAUUGGUUUCAUAAAUAAAUGCUGUAUGUCAAUUUAUGUAAAUUAAACAAACCAUAUUCCUUACUAAUUUGAUAAUUGACAUUUUAAUUAUGUUAUAAGCCCCCUAUUUUGAUAUAUUAUAGUAAUGCUUUUAAUAUUAUGACAAAUGAACUAAAAUAUACAUUAACCAUGCUUUGUUCAAUGCUUAAAAUAUAAAUCUUUAUUUAGAAUAAAAUUAAUUUUUUUACAUUUGAGACCCCAUUUUAAAUUCUGUAGGCUUCAAACGCCAUUUAUUAAGUUAAAGUAAAUAAUGCACUAAAAUUUUAGAAAAAAAAACAAGUUAAUAAAAAGUCUAAUAGGCAAAUAAUAGCACUAAAGUUAAAAAAAAAAAGUUUUCAUAGUUUUUUUUAAAAACAAAACAAUAUCUAGCACACUUAUUAAAUAAUUUUAACCUGAACUUGCAUUAUAAAUAAAUGCUAUUGCAAAUUAAAUGCUUUCUCUAUAUCUAACCAUACAAUUUUUUUCUAACAGAAACAUCUUUUAAAAACUACACACUCUUUAUCUGCAGGAUGAUGAUAUUGACCUUUCUAUGCCCCAGACCACUGAAACAGGGGAAAGGUGCAAUGGUAGUGGGAAGCAAGAUGCUGGCAAUGGGGAUGAUAAUAACAAUAAUGAUGAUAUUGAUGAAGGUGACACAACAGAUGGGGCACCACCCAUGCCUGAAUCCCAUGUGGAGAAUGUAAGAGCUCUGUGAGAUUUUAACCAAGCGCUUAAAGCUAUUUUUUAUUAACAAAAUUGUAUUUUUAUCUUCCUUGCAGUCUGCUUCAAAACCAUUUUGUUACAAUUGGUGCCAUUGUUUUGGCUUAUGAGUUAUAAAGGAAACGAAAAUAGGAGUUAGUCUUAAGGCGAUCGUUGUGGUAAAAAACCUAUGACACCAGGGUAAAUUAUACAUGAUUCCGAAUUAAUCUGAGUUCAUCAUGCUUCUCAUCAGUGGCGUAGCUAGGGUUGGUGUCACCCGGUGCGGGGAAACUCAUGGUGUCACACCCCCCACCCCCCCCCAUUCCCAUGAUGAUUUUUUUCUUGUUAAAAUAAGUCCACAAUAUUGCAAUAACAAGAAUUAAAACGAAUAAAUCGAAGGUCAUGAGGUUAAUAUAUUUAAAAACGCAGACCUGUUUACCCUUAAACUCUUAAAAUCGUACAAUAUCAUCACAAAAUCGCUCAGUACAUAUACAGUAUAUAUAAUGUAUACAUCUUAAAAUCGUACAUUGUACGCCAAAAUCGUAAGAGUAAACAGGUCUGAAAAGAUGGAGUCCAGCAUCUACUAAUUGUUAUCCUGGCAUUCUCUUCUUAAACCUUAAUCUUCUCUCUACCAAAAUUCCAUAUUGGUCUGAUUUAAAAGUGCCUUUUCAAAAGCAUUCUCCACCAAGUGACGGCGCUUCUCGUGCAGAAACAAUCUUGAUGCCUCUAGGUUUGUCAUCACUUUGUCAAGAGUAACCCCUUAAAUCUGCAGAUACUGCUGUGUAAGAUUAACUUCUUCAAGCUAUAGAUCAGCCCAAAGUUAAAGGUAGCAGAUAAAUUUGAAAUCACAGACAACAUGUAACAGAUCUUGUGCUUAACCUCUUGUAUGCACAUUUUUACAAGGUGAUGACAUAGAGCUUUAAUCGCCUCCCAAAAUUCAUCAAAUAUAUCUUUCACUGUUUUAAGAGUAGCAUGAUGAGCACUCCAACGCGGUGUAGACUGCCUUUUCACUGACAUUACAGUGUUUUCAAUUGGAACAUUCCAUCUAUUAUUGGAUGCAGCAAAGAAGGAAAAUGCUCUUUCAAGAGUACCGAAAAAUGUAGUACAUGAAGCAUUUUCGGCAAAAGAGUGUUUACCACACAAGUGAAUGGCCCACACAUUCUUUAAAAAUUGCUUUCUUAUUAUUUCUUUCCGAAUGGCUUGAACACAACCAUGGAUUCCAUACAUUAGGGCAGCAUUAUCAUAACCUUGAGCUCUGAAAAUCAGUAUGUCUAGUCCAUCAUGCUUUAGUUUGUAAAAAAUUUAGAACUGAGGUCAUCAGCUUUUUUCCAAUCUUAACGGGAAAAAUGCAAGAAACAUUCCUCUCACUUCAACUUUCCCAUUGUGGACUAUCACAUAUCUGAUCACUACAAACAUCUGGUCACUGUGUGAUAUAUCAGGUGUACUUUCGAAAAUAAUUCCAAAAUACCUCGCAGGAUUUAUAUCCAUAAUAAAAACUCCUUCACAUGAUUUGCAAGGACACUUAUCAAUUCAUUUUGAUUUCUGGUGAAAGGUAAGAUUCCUUUUGGGUUUCAAUAUAUAAUAUUAUAGGUCUUCAAAAAAACUUUUCUUUAUUUAAAUUUAAAUAAAAAAAGAAUUAAUAAUUAAAAGAUUGAAAAUUGUGUAAAAUAAUAUAUUUUUUAACCCUAUAAAUGGGUAAAAUUCAUUUUUUUAUGUUUUUAAUUUUUACCUAUUUUUACACUUAUAACCGCCAAACCACACUUAUUUGGUAUCAAUAGAAAACCAUAUUUCACAGAAUUUAGAUAAAUAUAGCCUCCUGUCACUUAAGGAAGUUACCGAACACUUCAAAUGGAAUGGAAUAAUGACUGUUUUUCUGACCUAAACAUAGGGUCAUCACAUUUCUGACGCAUCAACCUUGAACUUUUAAUGAAGCACGCAUUUGGAUUGGUUACAUUUGUGAAAAAUGUAUGUGUGAUCGGUUAUCCUUUUAUGAAUCUCGGUUAGACCGAGAACUGUGUUCUAUUUCUAUGUAAAUAUGCAUUUUUUCAAUAGGGUGUCACCCCUAAAAUGGUGUCACCCGGUGCGGUCCGCACCCCCCUCGCUACGCCACUGCUUCUCAUGGCUUACUUUAAGGGUACAAUUCUGUCCAUAUAGGUGGGAUGCAAAUUAAGAGGAUUUGACAGUAAAUCAGCCUAACACUUUUUGUGUUCUUUGAACUUUUAUAUAAAAAAAAUGCUAGAUACAUUAAUGAUCUCUUCAACAUAACAUAUUUUUAUGAUAAAAACUUACUUCUUGGAAUAUAGAUGGAAUUAAUAUAAACCCCAUGACGUUAUUAAGGAAAUUACAUUUUUUAAAAGUAUAACUAUAACUAUAAAUAAAGAAAUCUUAAAUUUAAUAUCGCACAAAAAUUAUAUUCAUAAUGUGUUAAAACUUUAUGAGUAAAAGUAGAAUAAAUAAAAAAUACAGUUAAACUUUAUAUUGAGCAUACAAUUUUGAUAAGCCUCAGUAUCACGCAGUAACAUUUUAGGUCUUCUAAAUAUGGUCCAUCAAAAUGAAAAAAAAUAUGUUUAACAAAUAUAUUUUCUAUUUUAAAAAUAAAAGUAAGAAAGCACUACUUUUUACGUAACCAUAUUUUUAUUAUUAUUGAUACUAUAUUAAAAAUAAUUGUAUCCUCUUCCUAAUAAAGCUUUAAAAAAUAAUCUUAAUAUGAUCCAAAAUUGCUACGUGAUAUUCUCAUAUCUCCAUAUCUUUCAUAUUUCUCCACUGAGUGGUGGAAGCCGAUCCCCCCCCACCCCCCCCCCCCCCCCCCCCAUUAAUUGUAAUGAUUUAAGGAUAUCUACCAUAUCCAAUAUUUAAUAAAGCCAUAAAAUGGCAGCUUGCAGGAGCUAUUAACUUUAAUAUGUGUUUUCUAACUAAAUUCAAUUAGUGUACAUGCUAAUAUUUUAAUGUCCAAGACAGCCACAAUCAAAUAUGUGAUAGAUUACAUGUACCCCAUGUAUCUCAGUUUACAUGACUUAAUGUAUACUUUUUAAAAUUAUUACUUUGCCUUAGAAAAUUAAAAUGUUUGAAAAUAGGUGGCCAAAAGAAGACCCAUUCAGUCAAGACGUAUGCAGGAAUAUAAACAACAAAUAAUCAGCAAUAAAGAUGUUCGACAACAGAGAAAAUGUCCGUACUGUAACCGCAUCCUCUACUCAGGUCCUGGUUACCGUUAUCAUAUUAAGAGACAUCGCCCAGACAAGGAAAGCUACUCCUGUGAUACAUGUCCUAAAACAUUCAAAAGGUAAGCAGGAUUUUUAAGUAAAACAAUCGUCGAAAACAUAAAAUAAAUUUAUUAUUGAACCCAUCAAAAUUUAAACAGAAGCAAAGAUUUUAAGUAAAAAAUUAUGUUAGAAAAAAUAAAGUUUCUUCCUUGAAAAAUAUUAUAAUUGUACUUUUGCGAAAUAGAGUUGAGCGUUGAGCGUUUUUGGAUUUUCAAUAAAGCAUUAAUAAUAAUAUUUGUGCAAAUUUUUGGGAACAAAUUUAGUUACUCUAUCCUCUUGAAAAGUUUAGAAAAUAUAACAAUUUAAGGGAAUUUUUUUUCUAGACCAGUUCUCAUACAUUUCAGCUCCAAUGGAUUAAAAUAUCAUCAAAAGGGAAAAAAAUGUCGAGGAGGUGGAAAAGCCACAUCAAGUAAAGAAUCUAAUGGUAAUAAUUUUGAGAGGAGUUUGUCUUACAUUGUUAAUUUUAUUACUAGCUAAAAUAGUACGCCUAUAUUAGAUCUCAGGUAUCAAAGGUUUGCAGAAUAGAAUUUGUUUAAUGGUUCUGUUUUUUAAAAUGUCUGAUCAAAGACAAAAAACAUCAACAUGAAUUCCCUCAAGACUUAUGACCCAGCUAAAAUGAUAAAAACCUAUCCUUCUGUCAUUCAGCGGGAAAUUUAACUGCUUCAGCAAGUCCUGAUCCCUCUCAGCCAGAAGCAGAGACAGGAAAUAAAGCAGGGCGUCUAAUAGAGUUUGCUAAUAUAGCUAUUGCCACAGGGCCACAGAAUCCACCCACUGAGAGUAGAGGCAGGUAAUGUCACAUUUAAAGUCACCCUAAGCCUAACCCUAACCCCUAUAUUUUUAAAAGUAUUUUAUGAUUUAUUUAUUGAAGGAUGGAAAAUACCCACUUCAAAAAGAUAUGAAAUAAUAACAUUUUAAAAAUAUUACACAAUAAAAGAUUGUCUUGAUUUUUUAAAAAUUCAUGGAUAUUGCUUAAGAGGUAGUUUGAACCAGGAACAAAAUAAGUUUCAAAGAUUGAAGAAUUGAAACAUAGGUUGCGCUUCAGCAAAUUGUAACUGAAAUAUAAAGUUACAAAUUUAUGAAACAGUCUCAGUAAUCCAGAAAAUCUUUGUUAUCAUUGACAGCUUUACUUAAAUGCUUCGUGGGGUAUUUUAACACAUAUGAAAUAUCAUAACAAAAGUUGAAAACAGACAAUGAUAAUUUGAGGCACUAAUGUGAAUAAACUUCAUUCACUUUGUUGGUUGUUGAGUUGGCAUAUUCCAUUUAUUUCUCUUUUCCACUUCUAGCGUUCCUUCGUCUUCCUUUAACGACUCUGAAACUUCUGCUGUGAUAGCAUUAAGCAGCAUGAAAAAGGUAUUUAUGGAAAUUUCAAUGAUGAAAAGUAACCAUAUUGACAAUUUUAAUUGAUGCUUAACUUUAUAAUGUUUUCUUAAAAGUCAGCUAAUUCGACAGAUGAGAUUAGAUCAGGUUCCAUAGACUACUGGGUUAAUCUGUAAUAGCUGAAUUGUAUUUUCACAGCUUACUCGUGUUGACAGCUGCAGCAUCUCACUAAGAAUUAAGAGUUGCAGACUUAUGUUAUUAUUUGUGAGAAAUACUGAAUUUAAGAAGUAAAUGAGAAUGGGAUAUUUUUAGACAUUAAUCAGUUUCAUUAAAAUGGAAUUUUAAAAAACAAAUUAAUAACCACAUUUUUAAAGUGAAAUAUUGAUUCAUGAAAUUUGAUCACUGUUUUUAUGAUCUUUUUUGUCAAUUUAUUUCCUUAGAAAUGUACACGGGAGUCAAGAAAUACUUCUGAACGUCUAGACAGUGGAAGCUCACAUCCAACUGGUUCCAUGAAACCCAAAAGACCUAUGAACUGUUUUAUGUUGUUUGCACAGCAAAACCGAGCAGUGCUAAACAAACAAUACCCAGAGAUGAAUAACAGGUAGCUGAGAAUUUCCAAUUUUGUUAAACUUAUAUAUAUAUAUAUAGAUAUAUAAAAGUUUCAGGAUAAAUAAUAAGUUUAUAGCCUUCUGGUUAUGGAGUUAUCUGUAAAUCUCCCCCCCCCCCCUUUUUUUUUCCUUCCCUCCUCUGAAUAUAUUUCAGCAUUGUUCGUUGUGAUCAUAUUUGCACUAAGACAGUGGUCGGCAAACUCAUUUGUCAAAAGAGCCAAAAAUCAGCAGCAGGACGAUUAAACAUUUUUUUUGAGAGCCAAAUUUCUUUUCAAGAACCUGUCAGAAACUAUGUUUUUCGGAGUCAAAACCGAUUUGUGGCUGAAUGGCCGAGCCGCAUUCAGGUCGCUAAAGAGCCACUUGCGGAUCGUGUGCUGCGAUUUGCCGACCACUGCACUAGGAUAACACAGUAAUUUAGAUUUUAGAUUGCUAAUUUUUUUUGGUUCGCAUCCUCUAUUUUUUUUUUCAUGGUGUUUCCUCUUAGUGUGUUUACUUUUCGAAAUGUACAAAAAAGAAUCAACAUUAGAAUUAUUAUUUUUAAUGAAAUAAUGAAGCAUAUUUUGGAAAGUGAGAUAACUUUUCUUGACUUAAACCUGCAUACUAACCUUUUUACUGUAAAAUAUCACGGAUGGUGUUAUCUGUGGAUUAAUAUAAGAAUAGUAUUUUCAUUUUCAAACAGUUUUGGGGUGCAAAUGAAGCAGCAUUGAUUGUACAAUUUUAAUAUACUGGUAAUAUAGAAUUAUUAGUUGUGGCAUAUUUGUAUAGUAGUCUAAAUAAUGACUUUUACUAUUUCAAGAACAAAUUAAUCAACCAAUUUAUUUUUAUCAACUUGUUAAUCAUAAGCACUAAUUUUAAGGGUGCAUAAACCAUUUUUUGAUGUCUAUAUGAUUUACUGCUUACUUUAUUUAUUAAAACAACUCUUUUAAUUCCACCCUUAGAAUGAUAAGCACAAAACUGAGCGAAGAGUGGAAAAAUUUACCAGAAAGUGAUCGCCAAAAAUGGAAAGAAGAAGCACGUCUUAAAGCAGAGGAACACAAGAAAAAAUAUCCAGAUUGUUGGAAAAGAAAGAAAUGAAAAUCUCAACUAUAAACUCUACAUUGUGUAUUUCUUUAACAGAUUUGCCAUAACUGCAGUAAGGUUAAAUACCAUAAACGAAAGUGUACAAUGUUUGCCAUAUAACUGUACCUUUAGAUACAAAUUCACACUAAGUUAUAAAAUAUCUGGUUUUUUACAAAAUGCAGAGACUAAGAAGGUUGUGAAAUCUAAUUUUGUUAUGUCAUUCAUCUUAAAAUCAGUAUUCUUUUCAAUUAGUUACAGCUUUCAUUUUCUGCUCUUUUCAUGCUUAAGUUUCAAACACAUUUAAGUGUGCCUUUCAUGAUGCAGAUCAUCUUACCAUCCAUCAAUAAAUUUAAAUGAACAUUUUUUUAUCAUGAAUGGGUGAAUUGGAAUAAUAUAUUGGGUGUUAGGUCAGAGUUCCCAUGAACACUUCUGCACAUGUUUUCUCACUACACACUUUUCUUAUAAAAUCUGAUUUAAAAUGUAAAUUGACAAAAUAGUUUGGAAUAGAAUAUUAUUUCAACUUUCAUAUUUGGCUAAGAUUUUACACCAAUCAGAUACUGAGUUUGAUUUGGUUUAAAUAAAAAAAAUAAUUAGGCUGACAAGAAAAUAAUUUUCAGUAGUGAUCAUUGUUGCUGUUCAUUAUUUCAAUCUCUUUGAUUACUAGGCCUAUGUCUAUUCUUAAGUUUGACAUUC